CUCUUUCCAAGUUAAAAUCCCCAAAUUGAAAUUUUUAUUUGUUUUUGCAAAAAUAAAUGCGAAGAAGAGUAAGAAAUGGUUUCGAUUAAAGAAUUAGAAGAUGGAGAUGAACGAUUAGUGUUUGGGUCUGAUUCUUCUACAUCUGAGACUGCUGCUGCUGCUGUUGAUGUGAGUGUUGAUGACAUUAGUUUAGAAGGUAAGAUUGACAAUCUAGGGUUAGGAAUUAAGGGAAAGGUGUCAUCUUUUCAGCGGCCUCAUGAUGAUGAGAAUCAUAAUCAGAAUAAUCAUCCAGUGAGACCUGGUGAAGCAGAUUGUGCACAUUUUGUUCGUACUGGGAGUUGUCGUUAUGGAUUAAAAUGCAGAUAUAAUCAUCCAACCAGGAAUAAAAAGGUUCAGGUUGGUAAUGGAAAAGAUAAAGAAACGGAAGGAUUCAAAGAACGACAAUGGCAAUUGAAUCGAGGAUUUGAAAGGAAACAAAGCCAAAGUUGGGGGGAUAGUGCUAUUGAAGAGGAAGAGGAGGCGGAGGUUAAUGGAAGUUUACAUCAUCCCGUAAGACCCGGUGAACCAGAUUGCGGGCAUUAUCUACGUACAGGGGCAUGUCGUUAUGGAUUGAAUUGCAGAUACAACCACCCAAGCAGAAGUAAAAGACAGGUCCAUUCAUCGUCGGUUUCGCAUGAACCAGAUCAGGAAAAGGAAGGAUACGAAGAAACACCAGGACAGGUGGAAUGCAAGUACUACCUAAGACCAGGUGGGUGUAAGUAUGGAACAACGUGUCGAUUUCAGCACAUUCAAGAAAACCCAGCUGUUGCAUCGACUUUGGACCUCAACUUUCUGGGCCUUCCUGUCCGACCGGGAGAAACAGAAUGCCCUCACUAUAUGCGUAAUGGUUCUUGCAAGUUUGCACUUAACUGCAGAUUUCAUCAUCCUAAUCCUACUGAUGUGGGAGUACGAGAUCCUCAUUUGAGAUACCAGAAUUGUAGACCAUCUCCAGUACCUUCAUCUGUUUUGUCACAACCAGGGGUGCCAUUCUGGUCUAUGGCAAGAACAUCAAAUGAGACGAUGGUAUCUUACAUGGAUGCUGCUCCAUCUUAUGCUCCAUUGCUAUCUGCUCCACAAGGAGUACACCCGAGUAUGGAAUGGAACGGAUAUCUGCCUCCGCAGCAGAACCCAAUGUAUCCACCUGCAGUAAAUAUGGGUCCACCUGUGCCAUUAAUUCUGAACGGUCCAUCGAAGAAGACAGGUGGUUUUGCACAUUAUCAACAGCAGAUGCCAAUUGAUGAAUAUCCAGAAAGACCCGGUGAAAAGGAGUGUGAAUAUUUCAUGAAAAAUGGGGAUUGUAAAUUCAAAUCAUAUUGUAAGUUUGAUCAUCCAAAGAAUCGGGCCUCCAAGUGUGUCCUCAGUCCCAUGGGACUUCCUUUAAGACCGGAAGAAAUUGCAUGUUCUUACUACAGCCGCUAUGGCAUUUGCAAGUUCGGCCCCGCUUGCAGAUAUGAUCACCCGCCAAACUCUGGUUCUUCAAUCUCCGGAGUAGUUAGGAUGGGUAGCCAUGGAAAUGUUAGGCAAGGUCUGAUACAACAGGAGGUGUAAGAUUAUAUACUAUACUGUUUUUUGCUCUUUUUUUUUAUCUUUAUCUUUUUCUAUUUUAUUUUAUUUUUUGUACGGGGGUUGCAGAGGGAAGAAAAUCAGGUUGUUAAUUUUUUCCAUUAACAUAUUUUUUGUUUCGCCUUCCUCCUCCCUCAGGUAAUAUGAUUAAUGCUUUUAAAAUGAAUGGACUGACAUACAGAAACUGGGUUUUACUUGGGUUCACCUUUAAACAGUAAAGUUAUUGCAGUUUGUAUGCUAUUUUGAUUACUUA